AUGGCUUUUAAGUUUGUGUCAAUCUUUUGUUUGAUCGCCUUGGCUUCAGCUGGUGAUUAUGAAUACAAUAAACCCUCUACCAAUAACCAGGCCUCUGCCAGUUACGACACAAAGCCCAGUGAUAACAACCAUGAUAACCUUAAACAGUUAGUGGCUCCAACUCCGGUUCAACACGACAACCCAGAUCAAGAUUCUUAUAUUGAAACACAACAAAACGAUAAUUCAUAUCAUCAAGAAGAAAACAGCAAUGACAACAGAUUUUAUGACGAAAACAUUUCUUCAUAUGACUCUUCUAAUGAUAAUUCAUACAAUCCAUCUGCUUCGCAGUCUUAUCAAGCAGCGACCUCUUCCAGUUACAAUAAUGACCAAAAUGGUUAUAACUACAAUCCAGUUGUCUAUUAUCCUCCUGCCAAAUAUGACUAUAGCUACAGUGUAAAUGAUCCCACUACUGGUGACAUCAAAUCUCAUAGUGAAUCUCGUGAUGGUUAUUAUGUUCGUGGUGCCUAUAGCUUAGUUGAUCCAGAUGGUUACAAGCGUACCGUUACCUAUACUGCUGAUAAUGUUAAUGGCUUUAAUGCUGUCGUCAAACGUGAACCCUAUGUUGUUCAGUACCCUGUGCCCGUUGCCAAAUAUCAGUCGUCUGGUGCUGUUGAAAGUGUAGAGAAGUCUAAUAUACCUGCUUCCUCUCAGGAUAAGGACAGUUAUUCAAGUCCCCCAGCUCAAGAUGGUAAAGGGCCGUAUGCCUAA